CCUCUCUCUCUCUCUCUCUCUCUCUCUCUCUCUCUCUCUCUCUCUCUCUCUUUUCUCCCCUCCUGCCCCGCGCUCUCAGAGUUGAGUCGUUGUACAUAAGUAUGGUAGAUAAAGGCCCCUUGUUGACCUCUGCCAUUAUUUUUUACCUGUCCAUUGGGGCAGCGAUUUUUCAAGUCCUGGAGGAGCCCAAUUGGAAGGAGGCUGCAAGGAAUUACACUGCUGAGAAGGAUACAAUACUUAAGAACUAUCCCUGUCUGACGAAAGAUGAUUUGGACAAAAUAUUAAAGGUGGUGUCUGAAGCUGCAGGCCAGGGGGUCACUAUAACUGGCAGCAAGACCUUCAACAACUGGAACUGGCCAAAUGCCGUUAUCUUUGCCGCCACAGUUAUCACCACUAUCGGAUAUGGGAACAUUGCCCCCAAAACACCAAAAGGGCGUGUAUUCUGCAUCUUCUACGGCCUCUUUGGUGUGCCCUUGUGUCUUUCCUGGAUCAGUGAGCUGGGAAAGUUCUUCGGUGGCAGAGCCAAGCACCUGGGCCAGUAUCUAACCAAGAAAAGAUUUUCACUGAGAAAGGCUCAAUUUACCUGCACAGCUAUAUUUCUCCUCUGGGGUGUGCUGGUGCAUUUAGUCCUUCCACCUUUUGUAUUUAUGUCACAAGAGGGUUGGACAUAUAUCGAAGGCUUGUACUUCUCAUUUGUCACCUUGACCACGAUUGGUUUUGGGGACUUGGUUGCAGGUGUGGAACCAAAUAAAGAAUACCCAACUCUGUACCGUUACUUUGUGGAAGUGUGGAUUUAUCUGGGGUUGGCCUGGCUUUCUUUGUUCUUCAACUGGAAAGUGCGGAUGGUGAUUGAGGCCCACAAGGCACUGAAGAAGCGCCGCAAGCUGCGCAAGCUAUCUCUGGAUGAGCUCCGGCACUACAAAGAGUCUCACAAGGCUGCCCUCCGUCUGCCACCCACUCCUAAUGACGUCAACAUCUUCAGCUUCCUGUCCAAGAAGCAGGAAGGCUACAAUGACUUGAUUAAACAGAUUGGCACCAAAAAAGAUGUCAGGAACAACGGUGGCAAUGACAACACCGUGAGUAAAGAUAUUGGUCGGUCCAUGAGCUGCAAUGAUUCGCCCAUGUUCAAUGGACACACCAUCCUUAGUCUGGACCGAUCGCCGCGCCAGAAGAGGCGCUAUAGUUUCAGUGACCGAGUCACUGUUGCUUUUUCAAAGUCCAAAAACUACCUCCUGGGCUCAGACAACGGUUUGCUGCUAACAGAGGACCACGUAGAAGGUGACAUACAACUCGACCAGGGCCAAAUGUAUGAGAACCAGCUGGACAAGGACGUAGGACUGGAAGACGGAGGGGUGGGAGAAUGUGGAGCAGGUGGUCGAAGGACGUGGGACUCAAAGGAGUACCAUCCCCUCACAUUCCAAAAUGCAAACAUUACUUUUAUAGAUGAGGAGAACUUUCUGAGCAAUAACCUGGAGGAGGAUGAGGAGGACGAUGAUUCUAAAGCAAAACUAUCCAUCACUACAUGUGAUGAAAACAUUGAAACAAACUCCAAGGAGGAGCAUAGUUCUGAAUCUGAAGGGUCUGUGUUCACUAGUGACGGUUCAGAACACAGCCACUCCUAUGAGAAACUUGUGGAGGAAUAUGCAAAGGAGGAAAAUACCGAAUCUUGAGAUAUCACAAAGCCUUGCGCUGUCUAAAGUCAACACGUCUUCCUGGUCACGGGUUGUUGAAUUGGCUGGCAUUGAAGUAUUCUAAUGUGAAGUGUUUGAAUAGAUUUCAGAAGUCCCAUUGCACGUUUGGGGGUCUGAUGAUUACCGCAACGCCACGAUCAAAUUUCUAUGAAAUGUGCUGUUUAUAGCUGAGAAAUGGAAAUCCCCAUCAUGUUGUCCCGAUAAACCCUUGAACAAUCGUCUCGAUGAAUAUGGACGGCAGAGCGUGACAUGUAACCAUGAGUAUUAAACAUCUACUCUAUUCAUGCCUUUUUUAUGUCGUUUGAGAAACUACACAUUUAUUGCAAUGUCCAAACGAGCUAUUUACCAUGAGUGCUUUUUUUUCUACUCACAGGCUGAUGAUAAUUUGUAUGUGGAAAUGUAUUAGAUUCCCCAUAGUUUCUUCUAUGUAUAUUCACCAUAUUGGUGUGUUUAUAAUAUUUAUUCAAAUGAAGGACAUAGUAGCUUUUAUUCAAUAGCUGCAUGGGUGUAUAUGUCUCCCAUUGCACAAUUCCACCAAAUGAGGACAGUUCAAAGUCUGUUUCAGUGCAGACUUUAUUUUUCAAACCUGAGCCAAAUAUUUGUCCUCACAGAAAAUGAAGGGGGUCGAGGGCCAUUUCUCCUUUUUUCUUUUUCUUUAGUAUGUCAUUUGUUUGUUUCUGUUGUGAUGUCCUUGCUGACUAGUUGUGUCUUAAGAUUUCUGUUUAUUUUGACUGCACUAGAGGUUAACAGUGACGCAUGGCGACGUCUGGGUGUCUAGAACCAACUGAAUAAACUUGGAAAAAUCAUUAAUUUUAUGAGCAGAGAAGAAUUUAUGGAAAAUCUGAAUAUUCUGCCAGAGGAACACUUCAAAAUUAUGAUUUGUUUGCCUUUUUGACUGCUGUAAAAAAGAAGGAAAAAAAAUCAGCUCUGGAAAUGAUCCUCCCAGUAUGAUUACCCUCAUAUUGCUUCAGUGAACACAAACGCUUAAUUGUUGAUGUGUCGAGUGGCGUGUUGUGUUUUCUGUGCUAUCGACUACGACAUUGCAUCAUUUCGCUUCAUUUUAUUUGUCAUGUAAAUACUGGCAGAAAGCCCUUCGGUAGCCACAAACAGAGCUCUGCUCGGGACGGGCCGUGGCCUUGCCGCUCAUGUUUGUCUUUGGAGGCUCUCACUUAGGCCGAGGUUAAGCCAAGGUCAACUUGUGACCGAUCAAUGCUUUCUUGACGUAUGUCAUGAGACGCGAAGUCGGCAGUAUCGGCGCCCUCCAUUACUACAGUGUGUUUCCCCCUUGGUCCGUGUGUACACGACAGCGUAAACACGAGGGACUGAAAUAUCAUAAUGUCCAUUGCUUUUCACAGUCUGACUUUUGGAAGGGCCCGUAGUCGCCCUGCCCCACCUUUUGCACACGUUAACUUGAAACAGUGUAAUAGUACACUACUUUGAAUUUGGAACUCCUCAGGGAUAGUAUACUGUAAAUAUAGUCCAUCAUCAGUAGGAUUUGUUUCUUAACUCCUAACUCGGCCGAACAGCUGACUGCUGUUUGGGGAACUGCCUUUUUUAAUUCCACUGCAACGGGAUACACAGUACAAUGUAACAUCUGUUGAAUGUACUUGUAAUCUUCUCAGUGAGUCAUUGUAUCUUUCACACUGGGUGUUUUUAGCGCCCCCCCCCCCCCCCCCAUAUCACAGGACCGUCACUUAAAUCUUUGUGAGGCUUCCUCUGUCUGGCUCAUUUUCACUAGUUUUCCUGGAUUCUCUGGCUCAGUCUUGUGAUACAGUACAAUACAUUGUUAUAUGGUACUUUUCUGUCUCCAGAUUAUUAACAGGUUAUCUUGGUUUAACGGUUUGCCCCAAGCUGUUUUCUUAAUGUUGCUCCUGUGUGUGUAACUCCAGUACAGUUGUGGUUCUUUGUGUUUUUGGUUUCUUUUUUUAAAUGAUUAAAUUAUUCAUGUUUGAAAAAGUUUGCAUGUGAAUUCCAAACAAAACUGUAUAUUUCAUGUAAAUAAACAUUU